AUGCGAUGGCCGCGGCCGAUGUUAUUGUCUGACUUCAUCAAUCAGCUUCUCGGGAUGGAGAAGGCCGAGGAGAUUACAAACGCCGUUCAUGAAGAAGCCGAAGCAAAAGUCUUACAAAUGUGGCAACAAGGCGAAGUCUUUUUCAACCAUGUGGUCAGGCGGAGCGAGAGACCUACAGAAGAGACGCUUCGAAGAGCAUAUCGUCGUGGGGCUGCGUUGCUCCUUCCGCAUAACUCUCCUGGGGCUGACAUCCUUAUCCCAGUUCACGACCCCGACGAAAAUGAAAUGUCAUGUUUCCUGAUCCAGGUGAAGAACCGGAUCAGUGACGCACCCACCAAAACCUUAAGGUUGCAAGCAUCAGCAGACCUCGCAAAAGCCGCCACGGUACUUUCUCUCGAUUGCCCAUAUCUAGCGAUGAUGAUGUGCCUGAGGACAAGCCCGUCAACUUCACCGGGGUGUGAAAUUCUUGAUCCUCAAAAAAAGCGGGUUCAAAUGCGGCCCGCCACCCGCCGUCUACAGAGCAUGACUGAGGGAACCUCAGCGGUAGCUAAGUCUCAGAAAAGCAAAAAAAGCAACAGGAUACUGACCAUCACCUACGGGCUAGAUGAAGCCGUUUAUCCCGUCCUCCGUCAAGACAGCGAACAGGCUUCUCGCACCGUAGAUCGGCUUCGCUCCCUACUCGAUUGCCUCCCUAUGACAGUCGUUCCCCAAAAUGAUAAUCACAGGAUAUACUUGACCGGGCUCGAAGGCUUAUGA